AUGGACAGUGAAAUGCUGUUGGAAGCAAUCGACCGAAUCAUGGAUGUGGGCCAGGGAGCAGCCGUCACAGCCAAGGGUAGGCGAAAGUCCAUUCACUCGCACGGCGGCCUUUCGAAACGCGUUCUCUUCGUUUCAGAAUUGGCCCAUGGAACACCGGACGAGAAGCUGGUAGCCGUAACCGCGUUGGCAAAAGCCUGUCAUAUGAAUGGCGGCAUCGACCACGUGCUGAACGUAGUCGAUCAGUGGAAGGACGCUUGCAACGCUAGGUACCGCUUUCAGCCCCUCAUUGACGAACUAAUUUUUUCAAAGGACAAUGCCCGUUACACCACUGUCCUUUUUAAAUUCCUGAACGCCCUGUUGGUAAACGUCGACUCUCCCCACGACCGGGUUCGCCUCCGUUAUGAGCUCAUCGGUCUCCAACUGCGCGUGGUCAUCGAGCAGCUAAGGUAA